AUGACACCUCCGUUUCCCCAGCCCAACUCCCUCAACAAUUACCGCGAGAGACAUCUCAGCAUCAAGCACUGCGCGAAGGAACAAAAGUUGUCAAACUUCCAGAGACAGAGUGAAGGCAAGUCCGGAAGGAUUCAGGAACUUGAGGAAGAUCGAGUUCGCCUUCAGGAGCAACUCGAGUCUGCGAAUCAACAUCUUGAGGAUCGCUCAACCAAGCUGUCUGAGCUACAGAAAAAGUGUCGAACUUACAAGGAGCACCUGAACUCGGCCACCGCGGAGCAGCAAGAUCUGUACAAGGCUGCCAAGACGAAGUGCGAGACUGCUAUCAAGCAGAUGCGAGAAGAAGAGCACAAGCGGAAGGCGCUGGAUGAGCAGCAACGAAAAGACCUGCAAGCGACGCGUGAAAGGCUCACUCAGAUUGUCAAAUCAACGGUGGCCGAGUAUAGUUCCAAGGAACGAGAAUUCAACAACAAACUCGACUCAUUACAUCAGAGAAUCCAAGAGCGGGAAGCCGAUGUCAAGCGAGAGCAGGAGACUAUUCGGGGUCUCCUUGAGCAAAAUGCAACCGUUGAAUCAAUCCAAGGCGCAGUGAAAACCUUCGAGGCGCAGAUUGAGCAGAUCACUGCAAAGCUGGGAGAGCUUGCGUCUAGCCAGGUCGAGCGAGACGGAGCAGCAGCCGAAGAGACCCAUGCCAAACUUGACAAAAUCGUUGAGCAUUUGUGCGCCCUUGACAAACGGGUUGAGCCACAGGCAAGCAUCAUCGAGAAGAUACAAGAAGCCAAUGUGCAGACAUUUUCCACUAUGCUCAACCCAGUGCUCAAGUCGCACACAGAGAUUCAAUCCAACCUGCAGAAGCUGUCUGAUGCCGUUGAGGACUAUAUGGAAGAUUUCUGGAUGAAGCUCGAGGAUCGUGAGGAUGUUCUCACGGAGCUUCUUGAGCAGACCCAGGCAGACAACGCCCAGCUCCAAGCUGAUGUGCAAUUACGAGAGGACGAGUGCAAGGUUCUUCUUGACAAUUUGGAACAAGCUGAAGUCACGAAUCGACAACGUGAGAAAGACCUCGAGGGCCUCAAGAAUGAGAUCGCGGAGCUAGAACAGGCUCAGGCCAACGACAUGGAACAAGCCGUACGAGCGAAGUCGCUCCAUGAAGAUUGCGAGAAGCUGAAGGUGGACGUCGCCGGAAAAGCCGCACUUACCCGUAACCUCGAAGUUAGACUUCAGCACAGUCAGGCAGCGCUCCUUAACGAGACGGAACAGCACAAGAGGCACACCCAAGAGCUGCAAAGGUUGAUGGAGCAGCGCGAGGAAGCAGCACGUGCUGCCCAAGAAGCCGCAGUUCAGGUGGCUCGGCAGGAAGUUACACGCGAUAUGGGAAUUGCUAAAGAGAACAUCAGCACGCUUCUGAAACAAGUACAGACAGAGAGCACUGCACUGAAAGACGAACUCAAUGCGGCGAAGCAACAGGUCUCGAUGGUUGAAGAAAUGAACAAACGAGCCGAUACGACAGUUGACGAGCUAAGAUCUGAGCUGGCGACAGCACAAACUAAAGCGAAUAGACUUGGCGAAGAGGCAAAUGAGAAAGACAUGGAGAUUCGAAAGGCCAUUGAUCACAGGUCGGCGCAAGUCACUGACCUCGAAGCCAAGCUUGCGCGCAAGGAAAGAGAAAUCACCCAACUGUCAGAAGACGCCCAAAUGUACGACAAGCAAGUACAGAAGGCUCUCGACGGCCUGAAGGAGUGGACGAAAAGCCAUCACGCUGUGAAGGGCUUUGUCUCUGAACUCGGAAAGGCCCAAGAUGGUGAUCUCAACGGUAUCGACCCCAAGCUAAAAGCGUUCCUUGAAAUCGACAUCCUACAUGAGGCCAUCUUCCAGUAUUGUCAAGCUCAAGGAAGGUCGGCCCCAAUGGGCGACCAAGGUAUAGCAGGAGAGUCCACUACCAGCAAGGAUGUCUGGGCAGACCUGCCGCCUAAUAGCCCACAAAAGCAAAUGCCACCGAAGAACCUGGCCACGAGAGUGCUGGAUCAAGUUGGUCGUCGUGUGAUAAUCAGAAGUCCAAGUACCACUCGAGCCGAGAGCGCCAUCACGGGCGAAAAGACUCAGGUUAGACGAGAGCCAAGAAAGCGCAAGCAGAUCGACCGCCCAGAGAUGGGAUCGCCUCAAAAGCGAGCCAGUGUUCAUACAGAGAAGGGCAGCGAGUCUCAAGUUCCCCCGAGCGCACCGCGCAAGAGAGCUCGCAAGAACACAAACAUCUUCGAUGAAUUGAUUUCUCCUGUUCGCAGUUUCUACUUCGAACAGAGCGUCUCCACAGCAGGGCACGAGGCUGGAAGACAGAGGCGCAUUCAUACUAGAGCCGAAGACUCGAAUCUAGGGAAUCCGAAUGCAUCACUUGCAUCGAGCGCGAUUUCGAACUCGCAGGACGGUAGCCAGGAUUCGCAGUCGCUCGAAUACCCACGUCGCCGCUCUUCACGACAGAACGAGGAUUCUCAGGAUUCCAUCACCCAUUCCCAGAGAGUAAGGAGUGAGCCCACAGACCCACCUUAUCGAGCCAAGCGGUUCACCAUGGGUCAAUAA